AUGGCGUCGAGUGGCGGCGGCGCCAAGUGCUCGACGAAGGCUGACAUCACCGGCGACGUCGUCAGCCCCGUCUGGGAAGAGAAGCUGGUUCUCUCCCUAUCCUCCGACGGCUGCCGCCCCGACGACGCCGUCCUCUGCAUCGACGUCGGCCACGCCAACCCCAUGCAGGGCACCAAGCCCCUCGUCGGCGCCGCCGGGUUCCCCCUCCGCGACGUCCUCGACGACGUCGGCCUCGGCAGCAAGUCCGCGACGAGCCUCAAGUUGAAGCGCCCCUCGGGCCGGUCGUUGAGCCCCGCGUCGACCGUGACGGUGACGAGCAAGAGCACGGUGCUCCCCGCGAAGCCCGCGGCGUCGCCGACGUGCCCGUUGGCGACGUUCGACCUCCCCUACAUAACCUUCUACUACAACCAAAAGCUGCUGCUGUACAAACUGGACGGGGAACACAGUUUCGGGGACGCGGUGGGGAAGCUUAAGGAGGGGCUGGGGGAGGCGCUGGGGUACUUUUACCCGUUGGCGGGGAGGAUAAAGCAGGAUGAGGAGGGGGUGCUAAUGGUGGAGUGCGAGGGGGAGGGGGUGUUGGGGGCCGAGGUGGUGGAGGCCGCGGCGGAGGCGGUGGCGGUCGCGGACCUCGCCGACGGGGGCGGCGGCGGCAUCGCGGAGGAGAUACUGCAGCAGCUGGUGCCGUACACCGGCGUCAUGAACCUCGAGGGGCUCCACCGCCCGCUCCUCGCCGUUCAGGUCCCGCAUUGCCGUAUUAAAUUAUAUGAAAUAAUUAUUUAUCUCCAAAAAAAAAAUAUUAUUGAUCNCCUCCCCUCCUCCCCCGCCGCCCACGAGUCCCUCGACCCCAACGGCCCCGCCAAACCCCUCAUCCACCGCCUCUUCUCCUUCCCCCAAACCCUCGUCGACCAAAUCAAGCUCGCCACCAACCAAAACCCUAACCCUAACCCUAACCCCGAGGGCCCCGAAUCCGAGCCAGAGCCAGAGCCCGAGCGCGAGCACGAGACCAAGACGAAGCCGAAGCCCUUCUCGACCUUCCAGUCGCUCGGCGCGCACGUGUGGCGCGCGGUGGCGCGGGCGCGGGGGCUCGCGGCGGACGAGCUCACGGUGUUCGCGGUGUUCGCGGAUUGCCGCGGGCGGGUCGACCCGCCCGUGUCCCCGGCCUACUUCGGGAACCUGAUCCAGGCCGUGUUCACGGCGGCGCCCGCGGGGCUCCUCCUCGCCAGCCCCCCCGGCUUCGCCGCCGCCGUGCUCCAGCGCGCCAUCGACGCCCACUGCGCCGCCGCCAUCGCCGCGCGGCUCGAGGGCUACGAGGCCGCGCCCAAGCUCUUCCACUACAGCGACGCCGGCCCCAACUGCGUCGCCGUCGGGAGCUCGCCGCGGUUCCGGGUCUACGACGUCGACUUCGGGUUCGGUCGCCCGGAGCGCGUGCGGAGCGGGUCGAACAACAAGUUCGACGGCAUGGUGUACCUCUACCCGGGCAGGGACGGUGGCCGGAGCAUCGACGUCGAGCUCACCCUCCCCGAGGAGCCCAUGCGCCGCCUCGAGAACGACGACCAGUUCCUCCCCACGCUCCUCCAUGAUCCCCCUCUCUAAAAAAAUAUAUAUAUCAUUAUUAUAUAAUUAUUAUCCAGGCCACUUCUAAUAAAUUAUUAUUAUUUGCUUAAUAAUAAUUAUUUUAAUAUUAUUAUCAUUAUUGUUAUUAUUAACACUACUACUACUUCUACUCCUCUCUAGCAUCCUCUACCAUAAUUAUAAAAUUAUUAUUAUUAUCAUUAUUAUGCACGAGCCCUACGGAUAACACUUAUUCCCGCUUUAAAAUUCGCGCGCAGGAUAAUGUCGCAACAGGUGUUUAGAAAGGUUACUUAGGAAGAGGAGGGUGCUAGUAUUACUGUAUUUGUGUGGUGGUGAGAUCUCUUGUGGCUUUUGUUGUAGGCUUAUUGUUAUUAUUAUUAUUAAUUAAUGUUCGUCUUUUCGGAGACUUAAUUUGAAGCUAGAUAAUUGGGAGAUGGGAAAGAAACUGUCUUUUUUAAGUUCAUAAAUGAUGAGAGUUUCGAUUUUUCUUUCG